AUGCACUGGACACCGGAGCACGCCCAGCCCCUGAGCCAGUGGCCGGAGCAGCACCUGGACGUGUCGUCCACCACAUCGCCGUCGUCGGGGCCGCCCAAGGCGGGCCCGGGCCCGGCCGGCCGGCCCCGCUGCCACUACGCCUGGGCCAACGACGACAUCUCGGCGCUGACCGCCUCGGCCCUCCUCAAGCGCUACGCGGACAAGUACGCGGCUGCCCUGGACUCGCCCUACGAGCGGGCUCCGGCCUGCCCUUUCCCCGAUGGGCACUUCGGGCCGCUGCCCGGGCCCAAGGGGGAGCCGGAGCCGUGGGGUUCGGGGGCCGGCGGCCCGGGCCCAGGGGCAGGCCCGGACCCGCCCUACCCUCUGACCCCCAUCCACGACGGGCUGCUGGGCGCCAAGGCCUCGGGCCCCCCUCCGGGGCUGGGCGGGUCCCCCGCGCUCCCCGGGGGCCUGGCCGAGCCCCUCUACCCCGGGGUCCCGUGCGGGGGCUCGCAGGACUUCGGGGCCUACGGUGCGGCCUACUUGCCCGCCGGCUACUGCGCCCAGGCGGCCCCGCCGCCCUCCGGCCUGGCCCCGGGGGGGCUCCUGCCCAACGCCGCCCACGGCUCGCCCGCCCUGGUGCCCGGCUACGGCCCCCCGAGCCCCCUGUACAGCUACCCGGCGGCGGGGGGCUUCCCGGCCCAGCCCGCCUUCGGGGGUCUCCACGCCCCACCGCCGCCACCACCGCCGCCGCCGCCCCCCGCCCCUUACCCGGCCUCGGGCCUGGCCACCCCCACACCCGUACCCGCGCACCCCACCACCGCCCCGGCCCCCCGGCCCCCGGCCGGUUACCCCUUCCAACCGCCCGGGCCCGCAGGCACGGCCCUGAAGCGCAAGGCCUUCGCCGUGGCGCCCGGGGCCGGGGGCGACGCCUCGGCCGGCCUGGGCCGCUACCGAAAGGGCGGCUACGAGACCCCCGACAGGCCGCCCCCCGUCACCCCCUACCCCCCGCCCACCCCCGACGGCGAGCGCCGGGGCAACGGCUACCCCGGGGCCCUCGACACCAAGAGGCCCGACCCCGCCGACCGAGGCCGGGCCACCCGCAAGGUCGGGGCCGCCCUGGGCCUCGAGGCGCUGGGCUCCCCGCCCUUCGCCCCCGGCGAGGCCCCGGCCUUGGAGGACUUCAGGGAGGAGGAGGCGCCGGUCAGCGCCCAGAUGAGCGAGGGCGGCCCCCCGGUUCUCUGGGCUGACGUGGCCGGCCAGGCCGCGCUCAAGGCCUUGCUGGAGGAGGAGCUGGUUUGGCCGGCGCUGCGGACCCCCGCACCCUCCGCCCCCCGGCCCCGCACCCUGCUGCUCUUCGGCCCCCACGGCGCCGGCAAGACCCUCCUGGCCCGCUGUCUGGCCACCCAGCUGGGCUCCCCCCUGCUCCGCCUCAGCGGCGCCGCGCUGGCAGCCCAGGGCCCCGGCGAGGCCGGCCGCCUCCUCCGGGCCGCCUUCCUGGCCGCCGCCGCCCGCCGCCCGCCCGCCGUGCUGCUCCUCGGGGAGCUGGAGGCCCUGCUGCCCGCGCGGCCCGGGGACCACGACGGCGGCUCCGGAGGAGGGGGGACCGGGCCCGGAGGGCCUCCCGGCGGCGGCGGGGCGCUGCGGGCCCAGCUCCUGGAGCUGCUGGAGCGCCCGGCCGAGGGGGUGUUGGUGGUGGGCACCACGGCCCGGCCCGGGGAGCUGGACCGGGCCGCCCCGCGCCGCUUCGCCCGGCGCUUCUACGUGGCGCUGCCCGACGGGCCGGCGCGGAGGCAGAUCCUGGCCCGGGCCCUGGCCGGGGCCGGCCGCAGCCUGGCGGAGCGGGAGCUGGCCGCCCUGGCACGCACCACCGAGGGCUUCUCGGGGGGCGAGCUGGUGAGGCUGUGCCAGCAGGCGGCCGCCGUCGGGGCCGGCGUCGCGCCGGGGUCGCGCGGCCUCCAGCCCCCGUCCUUCGAGGACUUCGAGGCCGCUCUCUGCAAGGUCCGCCCGGGGGCCUCCCAGAAGGACGUGGACCUCUACGUGGAGUGGGACAAAGUGUACGGGUCGGGGCCCUGA